CUUUCUAUAAAAAUUUCAUAAACGUAUCAGUUGUCUGCGAAGCGGUGCACAAAACGGACGUGUAAACGGAAGCCGCACGAAAACGGCUCGGAAAUCGGAAUAGCGCCCGUACACGCAGCACACAGGAAAUCGAAUCCGAAUCUGAGUUAAAUGCCUUAAUCGAAUUUGGCCAAAGCUCGCUUACCGCGCUUACAAGUUGUUUCGUUCACGCGCCGAUGAAAUCUAUAUAAUCUAUUGUCCACAAGCCACCACAGAGCCACUCGAUGCACUGUGCGGCGCAUGCGCGACCUGUUUGUGUUGUUGGCAUACUUCUAACAGCCAGUGUUUUCUUUGUUCAAAAGUGCCUCAAGUAAAGCCCCACUUUGAUAUGGAUAAGUGGUAACAAGAGCAGCAGUAGCAGCAAAACUGGAAAAGCCGCUAUACGCAUUAAUCUGUACAAGGAGCCAUCAUGACGGCCAUGCCCGUGGUGUGGUGCACCGAUCCCAACUCGGUGAACAAUAAGCCCACAGCCUUCGCCUUGCACGGAAUUCAGCUGCAAGGAAAUGUUACCAAGAAACAGGUACAUGCCCUCCGGGAGCUGGUAAAUGCCGCCGCUGAGGGCCGCCUCAUCCUCCCCUCGGACGGUACCUUUACUCUGCUGGAUACUGGGCUUAGCAUUGAAAGCUCGAUCGUGGAGCAGGAGUCAAACACCUCUAAUAGUCCUGGUGAGCCUAGUACAUUGGCUCAACCAAAGAAUUCCAAGAACACCUAUAUCCUGAUGCCCGUCAGCAAGGCAGAUGGAUCGAGGCAAGCAGGUGUAGUAAACGGAGGGCUUGACUCGUCCGUACAAUCGAUUGCAGCCGCCGCCGCUCAACUGGAGUUCCUGCUCGAUCCCAAAUACUCGUCCACCCCUGAAGCCAGCCCAGAUGUUGAACCCAGUGUAGAACUGGCUGAGGGUGGGGCGCCAGGAGAGAUUUUGUACGAGUUCCUGUGCUGCGCCAAGUGCAUGAACGAACAGCGGACCGGACUCACUUGCGCUGGACGUCGCCUGCAGCGCUAUUUAAGGACAUGCAGCAGUGGAAGUGGCAACGGCAGUGGUAGAAACCGCGACUUCGAGACGGUCAACGAUCCAGCUACAUGGCAGCUGCAACUGGAUCCUGUCAGCAGCAUCGCCAGCAAGUACGCCCGCCGACAGCAGAGACAGAGGCAGCAUGGCACCGUUUCCAUGGGUAUCGCACGUAACCGCACCCAACGCCAUCACAAAUUACCCAUGCACAGUGUUAAAAUCUUUCAUAAUCGCAGCACUUACAUGCCAGCUACUACAGCAACAGGAGCACUAGCAAUAGCUGGGGGGGCCCCAGCUUGCCUUGUGGGCGGAGGCCGAGAGGUGUCAUCAAUUCCGAUGCCGAUUCCAAGUCCGAGCUCGAAUCCAAAUUCCAAACCCACCCCAGCGAAUAGACCGAUCGUCGGCAGUGAAGCGUUUAGUUUGUUACCGACAACGGCGAGAUCUACAUCGUUGACAGAAACAGCACUCGCGAAACCGGCAGCAACAGUUCUACCUCUCUACGCUGUUGUUAGUAAAAAUCGUGAAUUAGAGAGCAUUACAAAGACUGUGGAGGUCCCAACCUCAGCUAUGCUAGCCGUUGUGCUUGAGGAGCCGUCUUCACAUCCUGCAGACGGACGCGAUCUGAUCAGCUUUGACGACGACCAGGCGCAGGUGUGUGCUGAGGCGGGGGAUGUAAGCCACCAGGCCGGAAGUGCAGUGGAUCUUCUGUGCGCCCCAAAUGAAGAGAACACACUGGUGGAGACUCCGCCGGCCACUCCAGCCAAGCCCUGCAUACCCGGAAGCAACAAUUCAAGCCGCAAAACCAGCUUUGAUUCUACCAGCACCCUCAGUUCCAUGGACUCUGGUUUCAUGGAGAUGCAGAACAAAUUGGAUGCCCUGGCAGCAGCGGCAGCAGCAACACUACUAGGCGAAUCAACACCACCUUUAGGCGAAGCAGCAGUACCUUUAGGCGAAGCUACAACAUCGUCGGCGAUCGGCGAGAAAAUUGACCGACGGAACUACAAGGAAUGUCUGACGCAGUCACGAAAUCGCCGAAAAUCCUACGAGGAAUUCAAAGCAAUGUUUAUUGAACCCGCCGCGGAAGCGUCCAAAUCAGUUACCGUGCCACCGCCGGUGGUAGCACCAGCGGAUGACGCAACAACAGCCAGCAGCACUGUGAUCCCACUUUCCUCCAUUUCAGAACAAGAAAAUAUAGGCAGCCGGGGUGUAAGGGGCAAACCGGAUUGCGCAAACGAGUUUGCCGCCAGCACUGAUGAAAUGGAUACCGGCGACGGUAACAGCGAUGGUGAAAAAGGCGCUGCUGCCGAAGUCGAUCUGACAACAGAAAAAACCGCAACAGCAAAAACUUUAGUGAGCAGCUCCACCACAGAGGCGAUGCGAAAGAAUUCCGAUUUUCUAUCGCAGAUUCUCGAUCAUCAAUUUGCGGCCAAGGAGCGAGCCAAGGCGCACAAACGUCGCACUUCAUACGAGGAAUUUAAGCGACUGGUUAACGAAAUUGAGCCACUGGAAUGCCCGAACACCCAGCCUCCCGUCUCGGCUGCGGUCACACCCACAACCGCAACAGCAGCGGCAACACCGCUGAUAAAACGCCAAAACUCGCGGCAGCGUAAAAGCUUUGCCAGCUACUUUUUGCCGCACCGGCAUUCGACCAAAGAACAAAAGACUGACAAGGAGAACUGCGCUCGGGAUCCAAUGAAGCCUUCACAGGAGCAACAGCUGGCGGUCUGUGGCAAGCUUCCGCUUCACAGGAGCAACACCAGCGACAACUCUAGCUCCUACUAUCGGCGCAAUUUCAAGAUCUACGAUAAACUGGUCUACGGUACUAUCUACGAUAUCAUCCAGCGCAAAAAUGACAUCUACCAAAAAUACGACAAAUACAUGACCUAUGGCACCAUAUAUGAGAUUCUUCACCGCAAGACCUCGCAAAGCAGCGAUCCGUGGCAACGUAAAAGCCUCAGCUCCAUUCUGGAGGGAGGGCGAUCCUCGGGCGACAUCAUCUAUGACAUCGUUCAGAGGCGGGAACGUGAAAAACGCACACUAGGCUCCGCGACUUCGGCCACUGUCUCCACGAUCAAUCCUCACAAAUAUGGAACGAUUUAUGAUAUUCUGCAGGGCGUAAAAAUAGAUGCGGGUCAUGCUAAAAGUAAACCGGACACCAAGCCACCACAGCCCAAGCCAACGCGCUUCGUGGUCAGCCAGGUGGUAGAGCCCGUCCAGAUACCGCCCACGGAUCAGUCGGAAAAGAGUGUCCAGGAGCAAGGUGCACCAAAAUCUAACAAGCCAAACAAAAUGCGCCGUCUAUCUAACAUCCUAAGCUAUAGUCGCAACUCUGGCGAGGAUCAGCAGGAAGCGACUGGAAAGGAGGAGACCAAACCAAAACGCACUCAGGCCAAGCGACGGAUCGGAGUCACCAACCUGUUGUUGCCCCUAGACUCUGAGGAGCUCUACACACGCAUUAUAGCCCAGCAGCGGGGGCUUGAGAAGGAGCACAGUCACGACCCAGAAGAGAAGUGCGCCAGCGAGGAGCAGAUGUGCACUCGCAACGCGUUGACCAAGUCUAGCUCACUAGACGCCAUCUCACUUUCGGUAGCCAUUUCGCCCGCGUCGUCGCCAUCCCCUCCGCGUCCGCGCCGUAGCCUUAAGCAACACCGCUGCCUCCAGCAACGCCAGCAAACGCCACUUGCCAAAAAGCACUCUCUGGACAACUGCCUUCAAAUAGUGUCGCCGGCGACUAGCCGGCAGCCACUGCGUCGCUGGUCUAACCAGACUCCUCUGAAGUGCACCUGCCACCCCGCAACCGAGGAACUUCCGCUGACCGCCAUAGAGAAGUCCCGCUCGCUCCCCGCCGCCUGCUCCGUCUCCUGCUCUCAUACGUGUGCACACUUAAGUGCAAUCGAUCAAAGCCCAGCUACAACAAAGUGCUUCGGAAAAACAUCAUUGACGACGGCCAAGAAAGGCAAAUCGCGUCGUCUAUCAGAAUUUACGCGCGGUGAAUUUUUAAAUGAAAAAUCCUGGUACUUCCGCAAAAUCAAACGCAUUGAGGCUGAGAAAAAACUUCUACUGCCAGAGAACGAGCACGGUGCAUUUUUAAUUCGAGAUUCCGAAAGCCGUCACAACGACUACUCGCUAUCAGUGCGCGAUGGCGAUACGGUUAAGCAUUAUCGCAUCAGACAAUUGGACGAAGGCGGCUUCUUCAUCGCCAGGCGCACGACAUUCAGAACCCUUCAGGAGCUGGUGGAGCACUAUUCGAAGGACUCGGAUGGCCUGUGCGUCAACCUCUGCAAGCCGUGUGUCCAGACAAAUUCUUUUUCGGGUGUCUUUGAGAUCGAGAAGCCUGUAACUGAGGGACUUUCGCACCGCACUCGCGAUCAGUGGGAGAUCGACAGAACAUCUUUGAAAUUCGUGCGCAAGCUGGGCUCCGGACAGUUUGGCGAUGUCUGGGAGGGACUGUGGAACAACACAACACCUGUGGCCAUUAAAACUCUGAAAUCUGGCACAAUGGACCCCAAGGAUUUCUUAGCGGAAGCCCAGAUCAUGAAGAAACUGCGCCACACCAAGCUUAUACAGUUGUACGCUGUCUGCACUGUUGAGGAGCCCAUCUAUAUUAUCACAGAGUUAAUGAAGCACGGUUCACUGUUGGAAUAUCUCCAAGCCAUUGCAGGCAAGGGUCGUAGCCUCAAAAUGCAAACUCUGAUUGAUAUGGCAGCGCAAAUAGCUGCUGGCAUGGCUUACUUGGAGUCCCAGAAUUAUAUUCACAGGGAUCUAGCGGCGCGCAAUGUACUGGUAGGCGAUGGAAACAUCGUCAAAAUCGCCGACUUUGGUUUGGCUAGGCUCAUCAAGGAGGACGAAUACGAGGCCCGGGUAGGCGCCAGAUUCCCCAUAAAAUGGACCGCUCCAGAGGCUGCUAACUACAGCAAAUUCUCAAUCAAAUCGGAUGUUUGGAGCUUUGGCAUUCUACUCACAGAACUGGUCACCUACGGACGCAUACCAUAUCCAGGCAUGACCAACGCCGAGGUGCUAACGCAAGUGGAGCACGGCUAUCGAAUGCCGCAACCUCCCAACUGCGAGCCACGCCUGUAUGAGAUUAUGCUGGAAUGUUGGCACAAGGACCCAAUGCGCAGACCCACGUUUGAGACGCUACAAUGGAAACUGGAAGACUUCUAUACAUCUGAUCAGAGCGACUACAAAGAGGCGCAGGCCUACUGAUAAAUGCUUUUCGAAGUCACGGACGUGGCCAGCAGUCGUGACGAAAAUUAAGACAGCUGCAAAUAAUCGCCAGGCAUCCCAGAACGGACAAUUCUUACUAAGUUAAUUUUGUUUUGCAUAGAUUUUCUACUGCUGCACAACUUGUCCAUGGGCCCCCGUUUGGUGCCCGUUGGCUGUGGUUGUCUAGGUACCGAUACGAUUCAUGUUAUUAGCAUUUAAGGUAAAUAGUUGCUGAGGUGGAAUGCAAUUUCAAAUGACGUUCCAUUGGAACAUUCGUUUUCUUGUUUAUUAUGACAAACAUAUUGGCACUUGGUCGGAUUGAUACGCUUUGACAUCCUUGUCGUAUAUUUCGAUUAAUAUAUCAAAUGUAUUAUUAUUUAUAUAACGCAUAUAGCAUAUAUUUACGCGUAUACACACAUAUAUAUAUAUGAUCACUUAUAUACAAAUAUACAUACAACCGUAUAGUCACACCUUCAUAUGCCGAGACCCUCAUUAUUGAAGUAUGCCGAAACAUACUUCUCUUCCCAACUUUUCUUUAGUUGAUAGGCCAACCUGAGAACGAUAUUUGCAGCACACAAAUAUACAAAAAUGUUUCACUUUUAGUUAAUUCAUUACGUACGUGUCUUACUCCAAUUCUCACUUAACAUUAUCAACGACAUUAUAUGCUUUAUCACAAAUAGAAAAAGCAACACAAACGCCAAUCAUUAAAUAUAUGCUAGCUACUGGAUACUUUGCAGUGCCCAAUAGCUAAAUCCAUAUAAUUACUUAUUUAGAAUUUAAUUGUAAUUUGUAACCUUAACAUAAUAUGCAGCUUAUUCUUAAACAAACAUAUACAUAUACGAAAACAUGUACAUUUAGAACCAAGAAAAUAAAUUUCUUUAUAAUUUAUAAAUAUAAAAUUCUUUAAAAUUAAA